GUCAACCUCAAAAUCACAUCUCCAUGAUUAUAGCGAGUAUGAAUGCCCGAACAGCUUCUCCACGAGUAAAAGCCUCGUUGGGAAUCCUGACACAAAGGAUGAGGCGUUGCUGAAACAAAGGAAAGUGAUUUACGCGCGAUGCCGAAACGCUCCAACAUUCGCGACAUGAUUCAAUCCCAUUCCCAGCUAAUGUUUCGCGCUUUGUUUCGCUUUCCUCGAAGUGAUGUGAGCCUGGAGCUGAUGAGAGUGGUUGGGUGGAGAGAGUAGGCUAGAGAGAGUAAAGGCGUGCUCGAGCAUCAUCACCAUCAUCAUCAUCAUCAUCACCUCUUGGCUUUGAACCAUUUGCUUAUUGUAAAGAAACAAACACCCAGAGAGCAGCGAGAAUGUAGCCUGCUGUAGUCUUUGGUUUGUGUGUGUGUUGUUAGGAUAGCUUUAUUUGACACUUUGAUACGGAAAGCCCUUCUGGACCAUCAUGAAAUUCCCGUUAGAGAAUCCAAGGAAACAGGUGAACUGGGAUCCUGAACAAGUGGCUGUUCAGACAAACAUCGUCCCUGUGAAGAAGGUUGAGUCCGCCGCGGUUCAGUCAGGUCUGGUUCAGGUCAUUCAGAACCCGGCGGGCUGCGAGGUCCAAGCGAACGCUCACUGCCCUCUCCCGCGCCUCUCCAUCUCGUCCCGCUCCGCCAGCGCUCUCGCCGGGAUGGACUCGGGAGCGGACGGCUCGGAUCUGCACUCCGUCAUGAAGUGGAAGACGGUGCUGGCCGUGUUCGUGGUGGUGGUGUCGUACCUGGUGUGCGGCGGGCUGGCGUUUCGGGCGCUGGAACAACCCUUCGAGAGUAACCAGAAGGACAGCAUCACUCAGGAGAAGGCCCUGUUCCUGAAGAGAAACCCCUGCGUCUCUCCGGCCGAACUCGAGGACCUGAUCAAGCAUGCAGUCGACGCGGUCAGCGCUGGAGUGAGUCCCAUUGGAGACACGUCCUAUAACUCGAGCCACUGGGAUCUCGGCAGCGCUUUCUUCUUCGCUGGGACCGUCAUCACCACGAUAGGCUAUGGAAACAUCGCACCCAGCACUGAAGGCGGAAAGAUUUUCUGCAUCCUUUAUGCCAUAUUUGGCAUCCCUCUGUUUGGCUUCCUGUUGGCCGGAAUUGGUGAUCAACUAGGGACCAUGUUCAUGAAGAGCAUCUUGAAGGUGGAAAAAGUUUUCAGGCAAAAACACAAGCAAAUCAGUCAGACCAAGAUCCGCGUCACCUCCACCAUACUCUUCAUCAUCGCUGGCUGCAUUAUUUUCGUCACCAUCCCAGCUGUGAUUUUCAAACACAUCGAGGGAUGGAGUACUUUAGAGGCCAUAUACUUUGUCGUCAUCACUCUCACGACCGUCGGCAUUGGAGAUUAUGUAGCAGGUGGAGAUCGCAGAAUAGAAUACAUGAAAUGGUACAAGCCUGUGGUCUGGUUCUGGAUUUUGGUGGGUCUGGCGUAUUUCGCUGCGGUUCUCAGCAUGAUCGGAGACUGGCUCAGGGUUCUGUCCAAGAAAACAAAAGAGGAGGUUGGAGAGUUCAAGGCCCAUGCGGCCGAAUGGAAAGCAAACGUUCGAGCGGAGUUCCGCGAGACGCGACGACGCCUCAGCGGCGAGAUCCACGACAAACUUCAGCGGGCGGCCACCAUCCGCAGCAUGGAGCGCAGACGACUGGGCCUGGAGCAGCGCGCCCAUUCACUGGACAUGCUGUCGCUCGAAAAACGGGCUGUGUUUGCUGGUCUGGACGCCGGGCGAUUUAAGACGUCCUCGCAGGAGAGCAUCAACAUUAAACUGAACAACCUGCGGCUGAAGGCGGAGCCGGUUUCCUCCGAGGAAAACUUCCUCAACCGCUUCGGUUCGCUCACCAAACUGGCCAAACGCAACAGGAGUAAAGACCUCCGCAAGAACAUCCCAGAGGAUGCAAACGGGGAAGGCGAAAUCCUCAGCAGCAACAGCAGCAAUGUCACACUGGGAGAGGACAGAAGAGAGGACGAGGAGGAGGUGGAGGUGGAGGAAGAGCAGAUAGCCGAGGCAAACACUGGCUUUACGUGUCUGCCUCACUUUCCUGAGGAACCCAAACAGCAGAACGGGUUCGCACCGGCCCAGGCCAAAGAACAAGAGCGAAAUAAAAGACUCGAGCAGAAAGAGCAUCAACCCUAGGCAGGCGACACGCACGGGAAGGCAAACAAGCGGCGUCAGAAAAUGUGCCUGUCUGUUUUGAAAGCUGUGGCUCGACUUGAACCGCAGCUGAUUUUCACUGUGACAAACGACAAGUUGCCAAAAAAAUGUGAAAAGAGCUCAAGGAAUACAGACUGACGGGGACAGUUCACCAAAAUUGGGAAAUUCAGUUCCAAACAUUCAGGACUUUCUUUCUUGAACGGGAUUGACAGCUGUGAUGGGGAAGGGGUCGAUUUCUUUUGGAGCUUACAAUGAUUUAUUUUACAUUAUUAGUGAUAUGAAAAAGAUCUUUCUGGACAUCAUAUCUGCUUUAGUCAGAAAUUUUUGUUCCACAAAAAACAAAGUCUGUAAAUAAUGUCAGAAUGUUUAGUUUUUGGACAACCUUUACCUUUAUAUUCUUUACAACAUGAGGACUCUUCACAGGACAGUCAACAGAGACUUUGCUGUUUUCAGGUGGAUCAUGGAUCACCGAAAGCCUUUUAUGCUGUAAAUCGUGAUGUCUGCAUGAAUAUCUUCUGCUGCUCAGAUGAAUCUGUCAUCGAUGAUGUUUACGGUGGAAAAUCAUGAACUUUUUCGAAACACUAACUUAUUGAACACCAAGCCAAAUUUGGUUGUGAGACGUUCUCAAUAACCUUUCAAAUCAGUCCGUUAAAUGCUUCGCUCACUGAAGUCUACAAACAUAUCAAUCCCGUCUUUGGCGAUAAACAAAAUGACCCGAGUCAAAGCCAUAUUGAUGACAAGAAGAUUUCAUUAGUUGACAUAUUCUGCUGCAUUUGAGACAAGCAGAUCACAUUCAUAAAGCAAGGCUUUAAUGUCCAAAUACUUUACUGUAAAUCACAAAAACCCACAAUUAUUCCAUUAUUGCCAUAACACUGCCUGAUUUGUUGUUAUAUUAUAUUCACAUUGAUUUUAUGGCCACAGAACAACGUCUUCCAAUGUAAAAUGUCAAGUGUGGAUGUAAACAUUACUCACCCAUUGCAUUGGUCCACAAUAACACACACACAGGUAAAAUGCCAUGCAAUGGGGUUGAUCUUGUAAUGCUGAUGUUAACGUCACAGGGAUGUGAGCUGGAGUGAACGUCUCAAAAAGUCAUGGUCAUGUUGUCAUGGUUAUCACAUUAAUGGCUGUGCAAACAUUACAUUAAAUGUAAUGAGUGCCUUUGUAAAAAAUAAAUCAUGAAAUGUGGCUUUGGAUUUCUUGCACUUGAUGGUGAUCCAAAUAGCAUACACUAUAUUUUAUAUAGAAGAAAAGGUUCUAUAUAGAACCUUAAAAGAUACUAUCAGCGCUACGUAUU